AUGGAUAAAGGUAAAAUUUUGACCUCUUUUUCUAAAAUCCAACUUAAAUCAAAUAGGAUUCCUCUAAAAUUAUCAAAAUCAACUCCAAUUUCUAAUUUCUCUAAAAAUAAUUUCCCAAAUACAGCUUUUUAUUCCAAUUUUAUUAAAUCCAGUUCAGGGUUAUUAAAAAAGGAGACGUACGUUUUAAACCAGAAUCUUACAAUAUAUAACCAUGUAUAUCAGUUCAAGGCUGAGACCCAAAAGUUGUUGCAAAUUGUGGCACACUCACUUUAUACUGAUAAGGAAGUGUUUGUGCGUGAAUUGAUUAGCAAUGCCAGCGACUCAUUGGAAAAGCUAAGAUUCCUUGAAUCAACAAGGGAAGGAUUAUCAGCGAGUAAAGUGGAUCCUGAUGUCGGCUACAAGAUUAGGAUUUCAGUUGACCCGAAGACGAAAACAUUUACAAUAGAGGUAUUUGGCUUUAUUCAACAUUUUUAUCAGGACACUGGAGUUGGAAUGACUAAAGAAGAGAUUGUAAAUAAUCUCGGAACUAUUGCCAAAUCAGGCUCUCUAGAAUUCUUGGAGGAUCCAACCAUCAACGCUAAAGACAAAGCUAACGCAAUAAUCGGCCAAUUUGGUGUUGGAUUCUACAGUUCCUUUGUGGUUUCAGACCGAGUGGAGGUGUUUACUAGAAGUUUCGACUCUGAAAAGGAUCCAAAAGGCUAUCACUGGUCGUCAGAUGGCACUGGAUCCUUUACAUUAAAGGAAGUAGAUAAUUUGCCAAGGGGAACUAAGAUUAUCUGUUACCUCAAAGAUGAUUCUCUGCUCUUUUGUAACUCAAACAAUGUUAAGAAGGUGGCCGAGAAGUUCUCCUCGUUCAUAAAUUUCCCACUUUUCCUACAAGAAAAGGAUAAAGAUGUCGAAAUAACAACACAGAAACCACUAUGGGUUGAAAAGAAGUCAUCGCCAGAGGAACACACGAAGUUUUACAGGUUCCUUUGUAACACUUCCUGGGGUGAACCAAUGUACACAUUAAACUUCCAUUCCGACUCACCCUUGUCAAUUAAAUCGCUCUUUUACAUCCCCGAAGAUGCACCAAAUAGAAUGUUCCAGGCUUCAAAUGAGCUUGGAGUGUCACUAUAUUCCAGGAAAGUUCUGAUUAAGAAGAGCGCUGAAAAUAUAAUUCCAAAGUGGCUGUUCUUUGUGAAGGGAGUGAUUGACUGUGAAGAUAUGCCUUUGAAUGUGAGUAGGGAAAAUAUGCAGGACAAUCAACUGAUAGCGAAGCUAUCAAAUACUAUAGUAACAAAGUUGUUAAAGUUUUUACAACAACAGAGCAAGAGUGACUUUGACAAAUACUUGAAGUUUUAUAACAAGUAUAGCUAUUACUUAAAGGAAGGAGCAAUGGAUGAGUAUUACAAAAACGGAAAACACAAAGAUUUGUUACUUUCAUUGUUAAGAUAUGAAAGUACUAUGAAUGAAGGUUUGACAUCCUUGGACGAGUAUGUAUCUAACAUGAGUCCUGACCAGAAAAACAUUUAUUACUUUUGCACAACAAGCCGACAGAUGGCUUUAAAUAGCCCAUACAUGGAAACCUUUAAGAGCAAAAACGUUAAUGUUCUUCUAAUGUAUGAUGAAAUAGACCAGUUUCUGUCAAUGAACAUUCAGGAAUAUAAAGAUAAAAAAUUCGUAUCAAUAGAUUCACCGGAGGAAGACUUUGAGAUGGAGAACAAGACUGAGUCAUCAGAUACUGAAAAAGCAGCUGAAUCACAAGAAUCCCAACAUAAAUUAGAAGAAAACGACAAGGAAACAUUGAUAAACUUCUUUAAGGAUAAUCUGGGAAACAAAGUUAACAGCGUCAAGUUUUCUGAUCGUUUAGUCGACUCUCCAGCCAUGAUAACAGGGUUCCUAUCACCCGCUUUAAGGAAGGUUAUGAAGGCCACUAUGAAGGGAAGUGGAGAGGAUCCCUUGGCAAACUUGCCCUGCACACUGGAGCUUAACCCCAAUCACAAAACGAACCUAAAGAUACUCCAAUUAGUCACGAAGAACCCUGAAGUUGCAAAGGUUCUUGUAAACCAGCUUUACGACAACGCCUCAAUAGCUGCUGGAGUUGUCGAUGACCCUAGAGUAAUGCUUUCAAGGCUUAACCAGCUGCUAGAAUUAACUGCAGACUUUGCGUGUAACCAAAACAAUAAUCAAACGAAUUAA